AUGACGACCAGAUACAGGGUUGAAUAUGCCCUCAAGACGCACAGGAGAGACCAGUUUAUAGAAUGGAUCAAGGGUCUUCUGGCUGUUCCCUUUGUUCUCUACUCCCAGCCGACGGGAGUGCUUGAUGCGAACGGCACGAGUCUCGCGCGGACGGCCGAGGAGGCUCACCGUCGGUAUGCCGAGAUCAUGCGUGACGUCGAGCUCAUGAUCGACGACCACAGUGAGUGA